AUGUUUAGAACGACUAUUAACCCUAUUUUAAGAGUAUCUCGUCCUGCCACUCUGAUUUUACCAAGAAGAUUUAUUUCUACAGAAAUAAAAGAAGCUUUAGAUGGCGCAGUCAACAGUUCCCCUGUUGUUUUGUUCAUGAAGGGUACUCCUGAAUUUCCACAAUGUGGUUUCUCUAGAGCAACUAUCCAAAUCUUGGGCCAACAAGGUGUGGACCCCAGUAAAUUUGCGGCCUACAAUGUAUUGGAAGAUCCUGAACUUAGAGAUGGAAUUAAGGAAUAUUCGCAGUGGCCAACCAUUCCACAAUUAUAUGUGAAUAAGGAAUUUGUUGGUGGAUGCGAUAUAGUUACAUCUAUGGCCAAAUCAGGCGAAUUGGCUGAGUUAUUAGAAGCUAAUGAUUGCUUAGUCCCAGUAGAAGAACCUCAAGAUUCAUCUGCUAACGUUAAACCUGCUCAAAGAAGUUAA